CUGCAGCCUAGUCGCAACCUUCGCCAGUCACUUUGGAAAGUGUUUGCUUGCGAUUUUAGAUGGCUAACUCAGCCAGAAUCCUCGGGAGACAGCAAUGUGGAGUUCCCAAGCGUCGAAGACUACGUCAUCGACAAGAACUCGCCGGACGGCGAAAGCGACCCAGUUGUGACCGAGUCGUCCUCCUACUUCUACACUUACACCACCGUGCAGUCGGUCAGCGUUUGGAAGUGCGAGUUCAGCCCGAGGAUUCGAGACAGCUUCCAGGCUUGGAACCAGACGAUCUACUACUGGAUGGACAGUUACGUGUACCAACGAUGCCAGGGUCCACGCCUCCUGCGCUCCGUCGUGACACUCUUCAUCUACGCCUACUGCUUCGGAGUUCAGCCGAACCACCUCCUGGCUGUCAUUACACUCCCUCUGAUCAGUCAGACGGAGGAGGGCAUCGCGACGUUGAUGGCGUUCUUCGGAUUCGUGCUACCACCUGGCGGACUGGCAUUCAUUCGGUGGUUCUUCAGGAGACGAGCGCUGGACUACCUCACCGUGGGGUGGAUUCUGUUAUCCCUGGAAGAAACACUUGCAUUCUGGGGAUCCUUAGGCUACUUCGUCCACGUUGCCGGCUUCGUAGCUGCACUGGCUCAUUUGGCCUUGAGCAAAUUCGUCUCGGCAUUUGAACGAUGGCAAGUCGAAAAUCCGGGUGAGGACGUUGCCGUGGCAACAGCAAGGAAUCUUAGUCAAACCGGCAAAGCCUGGGAAGGUCUUGUUGUCGAUACGAUUUUGUAA